AUGUCGUACGGCAAAGCAGAGUUCUCUGCUCGUCAGAUUGCGCCCAAGCACACUCUCGACUACCGCUGCUAUCUCGAACAGAAUGGCACGCCAGUCUCCCCAUUCCACGACAUUCCUCUCUACGCCAACGAUGCGCAGACCAUCCUCAACAUGAUCGUCGAGAUUCCCCGCUGGUCAAAUGCCAAGCUCGAAAUCUCAAAGGAAGAAUACCUCAAUCCCAUCAAGCAAGAUAUCAAGAAAGGCAAGCUCCGAUUUGUCAGGAACUGCUUCCCUCACAAGGGCUACCUCUGGAACUACGGCGCCUUCCCACGAACAUGGGAAGACCCCAACGUCGUCCACCCCGAGACCAAGGCCAAAGGUGACAACGACCCGCUCGAUGUCUGCGAGAUUGGUGAGAUCGUCGGCUACACGGGCCAAGUCAAGCAGGUCAAGGUCCUCGGUGUCAUGGCUCUCCUUGAUGAGGAGGAGACUGACUGGAAGAUCAUUGUCAUCGAUGUCAAUGACCCUCUUGCACCCAAGCUGAAUGAUAUCGAAGACGUCGAGCGACACCUUCCCGGUCUUCUCCGUGCUACCAACGAGUGGUUCCGCAUCUACAAGAUCCCAGAUGGCAAGCCCGAGAACCAGUUCGCCUUCAGCGGUGAAUGCAAGAACAAGAAGUACGCCGAGGAGAUCAUCCACGAAUGCUCAGAUGCAUGGGAGCGACUCAUUACCGGCAAGACCCAACCUGGUGGCAUCAGCCUGGCCAACGUCACCAACAACAGUUCCCCGGACCGUGUCGAUCCUUCUGAGCUCAGCAAGAUUCCUAAGGGCACUAACGAGAGUCCUGCUCCCAUCGACCCCAGCGUAGACAAGUGGUUCUUCAUCUCUGAACCAAAGACUGGAGCUGUGUCGACUGAUUACAUCAAAUAA